AUAAAAUGGGUAAGCUUCAAGUGAUUGAAAAGAAGUUCGAAUUCGGGUUUCGUGUCUUCUACAAUCUCUUCCGUCUGUUCCCACUCAUCUACUCGAACACUUGGCUAACCCUUGUGCUGACUGCUGUCACUAUUGCAGCUUCAGUCGGAAAUGAAAUUGUCAACUACAAAACCGGAGUAAUUCCUGGAAAGUUCUAUGUGGCGUUGAUUGAAAAAGAUGAACCGAAAUUCUGGCAUAUUUUUUGGAUCGCUUCCCUUUGUUAUGUUGGAUUGUGUUUGUUGAUGGCACUCAUGAACUUUUUCUCCUGGUGUCUGUAUAUUCAACAACGGAAAAAUCUAGUACAAUGUCUGCAUAAACUUUAUUACAAAAACAACUUUUAUUAUCAGUUGAAUGGGGUCGACGAUCACGGAAUUGACAACCCAGAUCAAAGAAUCACUCAAGACGCUGAUAAAUUGACAAAACUGUUGGGUACAAGCAUUAUUCCAACAGUUUUGCUGUCUCCAUUCAUUAUUUCAUACUAUGGAGUACGAGUGUGGGAGACUGCCGGAGGAUGGGGAUUUGGAAUGAUUGUCGCCUAUUUCUUGAUCGGCGUGAUUAUCAAUAGAAUUUUAAUCGGCCCAAUUACCCCCUGGGCAGCGAGAGUUGAGAAAGCUGAGGGAGAUUUCAGAUACAAACAUGUUUCCGUGCGCGUGAACGCUGAAGAGUCCGCAUUCUAUAAAUCGGCAGAGUUCGAGCAUGUAUUCUCCGAUCUUUCCUUCGAUGUUCUCUUCAAAAGAUUAUUGAACUUCAUGUGCUGGAGAUUCCCAUCUCAAUUCUUCCAAUCCUUCUUUGAUUACUACGGAGGCUGCAUGUCCUACAUCCUUCAACUUUUCCCACUGUUUGUGUUUCAUAUGUACGAUAAUCUCACUCCUGCUGAACUUUCUGGACAAAUUAGUAAUAACGCAUUCUACUUCAUCUACCUCAUCAAUUGUUUUACAAGACUGACAGAUUUGGCAAUGAAUAUUGCAGAGCUCGGAGGAUAUAUCAUGAGAGUGAGCGAAUUCGUAGACACUGGAAAGCUUCACCAAUCGGGAAUUAAAAACGAAGCUUUCCGUCGUAACUCGGAGCUCCCUGAAAAAGCAUCCGGAGAUGAUAAUCUUAUUGAGACUGAGCACCUGUCGUUUGGUCCACCAACCAAUUCGAAUAUCCGCAUUAUUGAAAAUUUGACAUUCCACUUGCCUCGUAACAAGACAUUGCUUAUCACCGGAGACAGUGGAAUCGGAAAAACGUCGUUGAUGAGAGUGAUUGCCGAUAUGUGGCCUCAUCAAGGCAUCUUGAAAAAACACUUUAAAAAGACAGAUGCCUAUUUCUUACCGCAGAAACCAUAUUUCCCAGUGGGAAGGUUGUCUCUGAAACAGCAACUUGUUUUCCCAGCAGAGGAAAAUGAAGAGAAAUCCGGAAAUGAUGAGGAAAUCGUUCGAAUUCUGCAUGAAUUGAAACUUGGGCACUUGUUGCCAAUUGUGGGAAAUAUUCAUGAUAGCGUUGAUUUUGAAUGGCAAGAAACGCUGUCCCCAGGCGAGCAACAGCGCCUGUGUUUUGCUAGAAUGAUCUUAGCAGAGCCAACAGUCGCGUUCCUCGAUGAGUCGACUUGCAACGUGGAUGAAGGAAUGGAGAACGCAAUGUAUGAAAUGCUCAGAAAGGUUGGUCCCAUUUUUUGGCUGUGAUUUGAAGGCUGGUAAGAGCCACCAAUUUUCAAUAAUGGCUUCUUGCACCGGAAAUUGGUUUUUUUUCUCGGCUCCAAGAAGAAGGCUAGAAGGGAGCCAAUCGCACAAAAUGGAUUUUCGCUAGGGUUGCAUCGUCAUCGAUAAAAAGGGCACUUGAGAGGGAUUCAUUUGGGAUGAUGAGAAUCAAGAAGCAAUUAGAAAUUUUGAAGAAAACAACUGUGCACUAUGUAGUUCUCUAAAUUUUAAAUAAAAAUAUUGGAAAUCUCAAGAUAAAGGAUUUUUGUUAAUUUCCAAUCUCCGUAAAUUUUUAAAAAUUUAGUUUUUCUUUAACGUUUUGGUUUUUUGCUUUAAUUGGUAGAAAACAGGUCGUGAUCACCACACCACAUAAAAACUUACGAUGAUUAUUUUUUAAUUAGUUUUUCAAAAAUUGGAUCUACCCUAAAAAUUCCAAAUUUUCAGCAUUCAAUCACCUACAUCUCCGUUGGCCACCGCAAAUCUCUCCGAAGCCAUCACGAUUUUGAGCUUCGAAUUCCAUCUUCAUCGUCUUUCCUUUUUCAUGAAAUUCACAAUCAAAAGUUUUAAUAUUUGCCGUUAAUUUUGUUUUCAUUGUUGUUCUACUUUACUUCAUCCAUAAAAAUCUGAAGAAAA